CCUCUCAUCUCUCUCAUCAUCCCUCAUUUGGCUCGGAGAAGGACAGAAAUGCAGGCUGUGUUCGCGGUUCUCCUGCUGGCCGGCAUGGGUCUGACCCAUGGUGGACCUCUGCCUCCACAACCGCUGCUCCAGACCCAGGAGAACUUCGAUCUGGACCGGUUUUUGGGGAAGUGGCAUGACAUCGCCUCGGCAUCUAACUGCCCCUGGAGGAGGAAACACAAAGGAGUCGUUCCGAUCGGAUCUCUGGAGCUACAGCGUAGCGACUCUCCAAUCUCCCUGAACAUGACCCGCAUCAUUUCCAGACAUGGUGUGUGUAAGAAGAUCAUGGGUAACUAUGUGAAGACUGAAACUCCUGGAAGGUUCUACUACCACAGCGUCAAAUGGUCAGCUGAUGUGGACGCCUACGUGGUGCACACCAACUACGAUGAGUAUGCACUGGUGGUGAUGUUCAAACAGCAGCAUGGAGGAAACAAGACCACUUCUGUACAACUGUACGCUCGUAAGAAGGAAUUGCGUCCCUCGCUGCUGGAGGACUUUAAGACCCUGGUGGCUGAACAGGGAAUGAGUGCAGACACCAUCUCUAUCAAAGAGAACAAAGGAGAUUGUGUUCCAGGAGAACAAACAGCUACUCAAACUGAGGUUCAGAAGAGGACGAGACGAUCUGUGGUGCUGCCUCCAUCUGAUGAGGGUUCUGCAGAUGAUGCACCCAUCUUCAAAGGAGAAGACUCCUGUAAAGGUGCCCCAGACCCUGGUCCGUGUUUCGGGAUGCUCCAUCGCUACCACUACAACUCCUCCAUGAUGAGGUGUCAGAGGUUUGAUUACGGAGGCUGUAUGGGUAACCAGAACAACUUCCUCACUGAGAAGGAGUGUCUACAGACCUGCCGCACUGAGGCUGCCUGUCGGCUACCGAUGGACGUCGGCUCGUGUAAAAUGUCGCUGCAGUUCUGGGCUUUCGACUCGACCAACGGAAAGUGUGUGUCCUUCAUCUAUGGAGGCUGUGAGGGCAACGGAAACCGCUUCUACUCACAGAAGGAGUGUGAGGAGUACUGCGGCGUGAGCAGAGACGGUGAGGAGGAGUUCCUGAAGGUGAAGUAAAGCAGUAAAACACCAGGAAGCUAAACGCUACACACUAGCUGAUGUUCCUUUUUUUCCUUCACUGCACAAUAAACAGAUGUAGAGAUAAAUUUUGCUGAAAUGUAGGAAGAAACGUUUGUGGAGAUUUUCUUGGAAAAGAAAAUAAAAACAUUAACUGUUAAAAAA